AUGAAUCACAACUUCCUCCUCCUUAACAGUGACAAAACCAAAGCCAUCCUGAUUGCCCCCUCCCCCUCCCCCCAUCAGGUCCAAACCUCCUCCAUACCCUCCAUCUCCUUUUCUGGCCAGACCACUCUCAACCUCACAUUGGAAAAUCACAUCAAACGCCUAGUUAACUAUAAGACCACCCUCAUCACCUUUAAGUGCCUCCAUAAAAACACCCCUGACUACCUCAAGGACCUCCUCACCCCUCACACCUCCACCUAUCAGAGCAGUUCUGAGCCAGUGGAGGACACAGACACCAGCAGCUUCAUGGCAGAAUUUUCUCUGGAGGCCAAUUAUCCAGUGCAGGUGACAGAUCCACAGGCAGACGCAGUCACUCUCCACCUCAGCUCCAUGCCCUCCAGAUACCUAAGCCACGCCUCUGACAGAAUCAGACAGCCAGUUGAAGAUGAAGAGGAAUGCACCUGUCCAUCAUCUACGUCCCCAGAUUUUCCUAAGGAGUUGCAGAUCUUCGACAGUCCAUGUGUAAAGUGUUGCUGCCCAGCCCCCCCCCCGAAGAUCAGUGACCUCAUGAACGAUAAAGACCUCCUGGACUUACUGCGGCUCAAACUGGAUCCCAACCACUGCACCGUCAAAAAUUGGAAGAACUUUGCCAGUCGAUGGGGAAUGAGCUACGAUGAACUGACCUUGCUGGAGCACCGGACCCAGGGUUCGCUGGUCCACAGCCCCACGCAGGAGUUCCUGCUGCGCUACAACCAGAAGAGCGUCAGCGAGCUGAGUGAGCUCUGCCGCUUCUACCAGCGCAUCGACGUCCUGAGGCUGCUGCAGAGCUGGAUGGAGAAGGACUGGCCCUCCAGGUGGCAGCACACCCAUUAACUGAGCAACAGGGUUAGGGUUAGGAACUGAGCCCAGGGUUAGGGUUAGGAACUGAGCCCAGGGUUAGGGUUAGGGGCUUUUCUCCUUCUAUUGCGGUUGAAGAGCCUAUUUCACACAUUUUCCAUUAGUAACAUUAGAAAAUCAUUUUAAAUGUAGUCAAACACUGACCAAAGCAACAGAGAAGUGACUGUGAAGGUACUGUUGGCAUCACUGGAAGUCUAACCCUAACCCUGUCAGACUACUGAGGAACAGCUGUGGACGUUUGUGGACACUCGUACUCCAGUUCCAUCAAACACAAGUGGAGCCAUUUCACUCAAACUGCUUUCAUGUGCAACGAUUUUAUACAUUGAUUGAGUUACACAAACAUUCUAUCUGUAGUGUCUUUCACUUUUCUAUGACAACGUAUCAGAACCUCGUAAGAAAAUAAAAACACCUGUCACUAGAAUUAAGUCGUAAAAUAUCGAGAUAAAACACGUCAUUUUAUGACAAUAAAGUCAAAUACAAAAAGAGUCAUAAUUUUACAAGAAUGAAGUCGUAAGGAGUUAGGAGAAUAAUGUCAGUCCACUCCCAGUCCACAGUUUGGACUCAGGUGGACCUGAAGUGGACCUCAGAUGGACCUCAGGUGGACCUCAGUUGGACCUCAGGUGGACCUCAGCUGGACCUCAGAUGUCCAACCAGUGCUCAGCUUCACUGGGUUGGGGUUCAGGUUCAGACUGUUGGAGAACAGGUCAGCUGACUGCCUCAUGAAGCUCAUCCACAGAAUGAGCAGAACGUCCAAAGCACAAAUCAAAGCAGAGGCUGCAGAAUCUGAAACAUGAACCAUGCUUUAGUUCAGUCCCAGAACUCCAUCUGUGUUCAUUCAGUUUGGACAGUCUACAAUGGAACCAGACAUGAAGAUAAAGACCAACAGCUGAGUCCAAAUGGUGGACUGGUAGUGGAUAUUUACAGAAUAAAGCCAUAAUAUUAUGAGAAUAACGUCAUAAUUUAAAAACAGGUGUAAAAAUCUUCUAAUUACCAGAAUCCAGUCGUAUCCACUGGUCUGAGGAUGGAGAACUGGAACAUUCUGGGAGGUUACACUUUCAUCUGGAGUUUACGCACAAAGGCCAAAUACUGAGCCUGUUAGCCCCACCCACCAAAUACUGAGCCUGUUAGCCCACCCACCAAAUACUGAGCCUGUUAGCCCCACCCACCAAAUACUGAGCCUGUUAGCCCCACCCACCAAAUACUGAGCCUGUUAGCCCCACCCACCAAAUACUGAGCCCGUUAGCCCUGCCCACCAAAUACUUAGCCUGUUAGCCCCGCCCACCAUCAACACAUUGGCAUUAGUCGUCCACUCCAACAGAAGUAAAUGUUUCUGCUUCACUUGUGUUCGCUGUAACUGGAAACUCUGUCAUCAAGGAUUAAGGCUUAAGAUUUAUAAAAUAUGACUUUUUAUUGCACUAUUGCGGAUUUAUUUUCAGAAUAUUAUGACUUUAAUCUCACAAAAGUACAACAUUGUUUUCAUUAAAUUAUUUGAAAUUUUUAAACUCUGACUUUAU